AUUGGAAGUUGGAGCUCAGUUAAAGUUUGGUUGUAGAAGUGCGCGGAAGCGAAACGAGGCAGCAGCAGUCACAGUCGCAGUCAGCGUCGCAGUCUCAGUCACGCAUUUGUAUGGACAGCAUUAAAGAAAACGCUUUCCAUCAUGAAUCUGUAGGAAUUAGAGAAGCUGAAGAAGAAAAGAACUCCACACAGAAAACCAAUUGCAAUUGCCUGAAGCUCCGUUUGAAAUGUGAGGAGGGCCACGUUCCAAUUAGAAAGUGCUUGUUGUUGUUGCUGCUGCCGCUGCUGUUGAACAUGAGAUAAACCACAGAGAGGGAACAAAGAGUCGCCGUCGCAGCUACAGCAUGAGCAGCGAAUCGGAGCCUGUUAGCUUAGAGUUCAUUGAGGAUUCCUAUUUGCCCCGCAUCGAUGACAUCACCACAACGCCAUCACUCGAUGAACUGGAUGAACUCUCUCCAUCCAUCGCCAGCGAAUUGGAUUGGUCCAAUGAAACGGAAUUCUAUCUGCGUAAUCUGACACUGGACGAGAUCUUCUAUGAUGUUGAUUCGGAUUAUGCCAAUACGCUUGAACUGCAGGCCGUUGAAACGGAAUUCAUUGCUACCAAAUUGUCCAAUCAGACUCCAUCGCCGUCGAUUGCGAAGCGUUUCCGCCUAAAGUUUUUCACGAAACGAACAAUGCGCGAUGUUAAGGUCACGUUUAUAGAUUUCUCUAAACCCUAUCUGGCCAAAAUAUCGAAUAGUGAUAACUACAAAAGGUUUCUGACCAUCGGUCAUACUGCCAAAGUUUAUAACAGCGCCAACUUGUCGGAGCCCGCUUCUCCAGCAGCCUCAGUGGCAUCUGCUGAAAUUGCAGCUGAAUAUGCAGCACUCACCCUGGAGGAGAAGGAACAGCGACGCGCCGAAUGGAACCAGGAGCUGGCACGCGUUGAUGAAGAAAUCAAUACGUUGCGCACGGUGCUGGCCUCCAAGACGCGUCAUGCAUCCGAUCUGAGGCGCAAGUUGGGCAUUACCGUUUGGAAGGAGCUCACCGAUGAUGUCAAUCAGGGUGUCAAGAACCUCAAGGAGAGUCAUGUUUACCAAUCGGUGGAACAGAGCGUGGGCAACAUAAGUAAAGCCGUGCAUGAGGCACCAAUAUUCCAACGCACCGAAUCGGUGCUUAAGUCGACGGGUGAGAAAACUGCAUCGGUCUUUGGCAGCAUUACUAGCGGCAUUACGUCGAAAUUCUCACAAAUGAAAAAUUCCGAAUCGAUGCGUUCUAUUGAAGCUUCGGUUGGCUCUGCCUACGAGAACGUUAAAGUAAGCUAUGAACAGAACAAUUUUAUGUGCCAAUCUCAUGCGACGAAGGUGGCAUCCCGUUCGGGUUCGGUUACCAGUUUCCCAGACGCUCUAGAUGAGAACAACACAUCAUCGGGACUCAACUCACCCACAGACUCUCUAACUAAAUAAAAUGCGUGUGAAAUCGUAAAUAAUUAUGAGACACACACACAUUCAUACACAAAAAAGCAGCACGCGUAAAUUAAUCAAAAAUAAGAAAAAAAUACACCUACACCUUACACACACACACACACACACACCCACACAUAAACAAAAAAUAACAAUUUUAUUACUAACACCAAGAACGGAAUUUAAUUAUUUAUAUGCAUAUGUGUGUUAUUAUUAUUAUUAUUAUUAUUAUAAUACUACUUAAUGUUUGUAUCUCAAAUUGAACAUAUGUCUGUUUGCGCGCUUUGUUGGCAUUGAUAAGAAAGUUUAACGUGUGUGUUACACUAAUUCAAAUAUAAAGUGAACUUAAUUCAUUUACAUAAGUCUAAGUGUACGGUUUAAUGUUCAAAAACUGAAUUGAAAGAUGAGAAAAUGGUAAUCAACUAUGCAUUGAUAACGUAUUUACGCAAACACACACACACACAUAUAUGAGCGAUAUUCAUUCCUAACUAAAUAUUUUGCCCUGUAGUAAGCUUUAACUUGAAUGAAAAUAACUGUAUAUUAUAUAUUUUUAUAUUUUCAUCUAUUUCUAUAGGCUUUGGGUCGCGUGAUUAAAUGGCGUUACUGACACAAGAAAUUCCAAAUUAUUUUAAAGUUCAUACAAUGAAAAGAAGGAGCUUGUAUGCUAUAUCAAUAAAUUGCAUUGUUAAUAAAUAAGAAGAAAAUCAACAUUCACAAUGUAAACAAUUUAAAGCAUAUACAAACACAUAGCUAAUGCGAUGCAACAACACUUGAUUUAAGAUUUGCUAUAUGUGUAUUAUGGGAUCUUUAAAUAAAUACGACAUUUUUGUGACCAAU